GUCAGUGGUGUUGGUUAUUGUGAACCUGGACAAGUUUGUAUUAUAGAAACUGGAAAUAAUGCUCAACAAAUGAAUUCAGUCAUGUGUGCUUUGGAGGCUGGAUGUGUGUGUAACAAUGCUGAUAUAGUGAAUGAUCAGUUAAGGGGACAACCAACUGAAGGUGCUUUAAUAGCUGCUGCUAGAAAGUUGGAUAUGCAUGCUGUCAGAGAACGUUACACACGUCUACAAGAAAUACCUUUCAGUUCUGAGCAGAAGUUCAUGGCUGUUAAGUGCCUUCCAAAAUUUGGGCUUGGUACAGAAAAGUACUUUGUUAAAGGAGCAUUGGAAAUAGUUUUACCAAAAUGUACAAAAUAUAGUUACCAUGGAUCACCUGUAUUGUUGUCAAAAGAAACUUCUGCACAGUUCAUGAAAGAAGCACACUACAUGGGACGAAAAGGAUUAAGAGUGCUUGCUUUUGCUUCUGGCUGUUCUCUGGAUGAUCUUAUGUAUCUGGGUAUGGUUGGUAUUCUUGAUCCUCCUCGGUCCGGUGUAGCUGAAGCUAUUCAGACUUUAAGUGGAAGUGGUGUUUCUGUGAAAAUGCUUACUGGGGAUUCAGAAGAUACUGCUUGUGCUAUUG